GACAUGUUCAGUGAAUUUGGAGAACUAAACAUAGAAAUGGAGACUAAAAUAGAGAUAAAUUGAAGAUGUUUAACCUAAAUCGAAAUCAUUUUUAUUAGUUUCCCUUUUUUUCCCUUCAUUUGACUUUUAUUAGUGUAGUGUGGAACCACCGGAGAUGGACGCCGGGAAAGGAGCGAUGUGGCUGGAUGGACCCAACGGGGAGAGACGCCGGAAAAUUAGCGGUGAUGGCGGAUGUAACCACCGGGGAGAGAGAUUGGACCAAGCUCACUCCAACUCAGUAGAUAAACAAAUAAAGGGUCAAAAAUCAAAAUAUAUAGGGAGCGGUUGAGAGUAAAUUCAGAGAAUUGAGGUGAACGGUAUUGCUUAAUUCUCAUAAUUGCAAAAUUAGCUUCUAAUGGAUUUUGCUUUUCUUCCUUUCUCUCGCCUCUCUCUCCUUCAGCUUCACACUUUCAAUUCUUACAAACAUUAACAUAUCAUACCAAUAUUUUCCAGUUAUAGAAGGAGGAGAGAGCCCGAACCUAUAUUUUCAUCCAACAAAAACCAUACCUAUUACUACUAUUUUAUUUCACAUAAAAACAAAUUUGUUGUUUGUUCAUUGGAAUAUUGUUGGAAUUGUGUUACAUUUGGAAAAUUCUCGAUUUGGGUAUUAGGUUUGUUGUAUUAAUAGCAUUUUACACAAGUCCCUAAAUUCCCAAAUUGUUGGAAAUUGUGUUUAUUUCACAAAAGUAUCCAUUUAGGUGCAAAAGACAGAAUUUUACGAGAAGAAAAAGGAUUUGCUGUGUCUCUAAAAUUUCCAAAUUGGGCAUAUUUGGGGUUUGUUUGCUUUUCUGUGCAUUGUAAGAUUGUUGGGGAUUGUGUUUAUUUCCCAAAAUUCUCAAUUGGGGUAUUUAUAAAGACUUGUUCUAUCGAUCACGAAAAGGCCUUUUGUCAUUUUAUUGAUUUAUGUGUUCCAUGGCAAGAUUGUUGAUUGAGGUUCAAGCUUUCAUCACUGUAGCUAUAAAGAUUGGAUAAAGACACAGAUGCUUGAAUUUGUAAUUGAUUGGAGAUCCGUGAGAUCUCCGUCAGCUUGCCAAGGAAAAUGUAUUCACCUCCCCCGUCUUCUACUAGCACCCGAUGUGAUUCCAAAGAGAGAAUUGACAACACUAAUGGCUCACAAUUGCGACUUUAUCAAGUUUGGCAAGGAAGAAAUAGAUUCUACCUUGGAGGCAGACUUGUUUUUGGUCCAGAUAUUAGAGCACUGUUUCUUACGUUGUUCUUGAUCCUAUUUCCAGUAGCAUUGUUUUGUGCUUUUGUUUCGAGAGAACUCAUCAAUGCAUUUCCCCACCGAUUUGGCUAUCUUAUUAUGGCCAUAUCUCUUCUCUUCUCAGUCUUUAUUGUAGUUCUUCUCUUGCUAACAUCUGGAACAAAUCCUGGAAUUGUUCCACGAAAUGCCCAUCCUCCAGACACUGACGAUGAAUGUGAUACCUCUAGCAUCUCGACAAGUUGUUUAGGAAGUCAGACUGGUCCUAUCAGUUUACCGCCUAUGAAAAAUGUUACUGUCAAUGGAAUAGUUGUCAAAGUAAAAUACUGCAAAACAUGUAUGCUAUAUCGGCCACCACGUUGCUCUCAUUGCUCCAUAUGCGACAAUUGCAUUGAGCGCUUCGACCACCAUUGCCCCUGGGUGGGACAGUGCAUUGGGAAGAGGAACUAUCGUUACUUUUUCAUGUUUGUUUCAUCUACAAACUUCCUGAGCCUCUAUGUCUUUGCUUUCUGCUGGGUAAAUAUAAAGAAGAUUAUGGAUGCACACAAUUGUAACAUUUGGAGUGCAUUUUUUAAGUCACCUGCUUCAGGCAUCCUUAUAAUGUAUACGUUUGUAGUUUCUUGGUUUCUUGGAGGUCUCACAGCAUUUCAUUUGUACUUGAUAAUCACAAACCAGACAACAUAUGAAAAUUACCGGUAUCGUUAUGAGAGGAAGAUGAAUCCUUUUAAUCUUGGAUGUGCUCGGAAUUUUAAUGAGAUCUUUUGCACCGGUGUGCCAAGUUCCAGGAUCGAUUUCCGUGCACACGUGCAGCUUGAUCGCUCUUUAAGCUUCAACACCCUAUCUUACUUGGGUGGGGCUACUACAAAUUCAGAUAUGCACAAAAUGAAGAACUUUGACGAGGAAGUUGGCAGACGACAGGGUGUUGAUGAUUGUAAAGAAACAGACAGCCGGAUAAAAACCAUAGGUGGUGGGGUAGAUCGAUGGAGAAAUGAAAACGGAGACCAUAAAGGCCACUGGGAGAUAACAUAAUCGGGUUGUACAGAUUAGUACAGAACACUAUAUGAAAGACAGGGAGAAAGAAGUGGUCUAAUUCGUUGAAGUUUUCGUUCUUCCUGCAUUGAUGACGUGGCUAUUGCUGCAGCAUUUGAAGUUGUAGGAUCGUCGUGGCUGGAGGAGUGGGUUCUCAAUACUCUCUUUUUCUUGUGAAUGAUUAGCAGCUCAUAGAGAUAGGAAUUGCAUUCUAUUAUUCUUUGAUGACAUUGCCAUUCAAUGAAUGUUUUUCUGGAGAAGUUGUAAGAUACUGCUGCAAGUUUAUAUUUCUAAAAAUUGGAGUUUAUGGCUAUGAGAUUGAAAAUGGCAUGCAUAACUAGGACGUUAUUAAGCUUCUUUUGAGUUUUAGGUUUUGGAUUCUAGAAAAGACAGCUUAUUAGGUUUCGAAUAAAUUAUUUAUAGAUAUUAAGUGGGGGUUUCUAACAGAAA